GCCGGGUGGGGAAGCGGGGCUAGUUGCAAGAAGCAGCUCCCAGGUUCUUCUAGGGACGCCUUCGUCGGAGGGAAGUGGGUGUGAACUUGGCCGCCCGGGGACCCCGGUGGCUGGGGUCCGGGGUGAGGGUACCCGGGAGCAGCCUGUAGCCCCGCACAUCGGGGAGGGGGCUGAGAACGUGAGCUCGCCUACCCUGACGUGGCCUGGGGACCUGGCGUGGGAAGUGGGAGACAGAGGCCGGAGGCCAGUGGGGUGAUGGGAAGGAGGUUUAAGGGCUGGGCUGGGGCGGGGUCUCAGGACUGGGCUAGUGAUGGGAGCUUUGGGUUGGAGGCUUCGAAGUUCUGGGAAGUGGGGCGGGAGGAACCUGCAGGCAUGGCAGCUCAGUCUUGGCUCUUGAAGGCGCGAGUAAGGAUGUCUCACCAUCUGUAGCCAAACCGGCCGCCUUUCCCCAAGGGGUUUAGAGCCCCUGUUCUCUGCAGUCUUUCCAAGGGAAGGCUCUCCUGACACUUCGGCCCCAGGAGGCAUUUAGCGAGUUGAGAGCCUGGGCUCCCACCCUAUGUGGGAGGAAACUCAGGGUCCUGAAGGCCGUGCACUCCCCACCCUCAGGCUGCGACCAUGAGGUUAAACCAGAACGUCUCGCUCCUGGGGAAGAAGGUGGUGCUGGUGCCCUACACCGCAGAGCAUGUGCCCAGGUACCACGAGUGGAUGAAAUCCGAGGAGCUGCAGCGUUUGACGGCCUCGGAGCCGCUGACCCUGGAGCAGGAGUAUGCGAUGCAGCGCAGCUGGCGGGAAGAUGCGGACAAGUGUACCUUCAUUGUGCUGGACGCAGCGAAGUGGCAGGCCCAGCCAGGCACCACCGAGGAGAGCUGCAUGGCGGGGGAUGUGAACCUCUUCCUCACAGAUCUAGGGGACCCCUCCUUGGGGGAGAUCGAGGUCAUGAUUGCAGAGCCCAGCUGCAGGGGCAAGGGCUUCGGCACCGAGGCCGCGCUCAUUAUGAUGUCCUAUGGAGUGACCAAGCUAGGUCUGACCAAGUUUGAGGCUAAAAUUGGGCAAGGAAAUGAACCGAGCAUCCGGAUGUUCCAGAAACUUCACUUUGAGCAGGUGGCCGUGAGCAGCGUCUUCCAGGAGGUGACACUCAGACUGACGAUGAGUGAGCCGGAGCGGCAGUGGCUUCUGGAGCAGACCAGCCACGUGCAAGAGCAGCCCUAUAGAGAUGGGUCCUAGGAGCCCGGCCGACAGCCCUGCACCAGGAAGUGAACGGACCGGCCGGCCCUCUCCAGGCUG